GAAAUUAGCUCUCGCCAAACGAACCAAGCAGGUAGUCAGGACUGAUAAAUGCCGGCGUGGUGUAGAAUACUUUCGUUAAACAAACAAAAUUUUGUGAAAACGUUGUGCUUCAAUUUUGCACCUGUAUCAAAAGUUCAUAGGCAAAGGAUGUCACAACUAUCAUCGCAAAAUUUGGUGUGGAUGGACCUGGAAAUGACGGGUUUGGAUGUAGAUAAGGAUCGUAUCUUGGAGAUCGCAUGCAUCAUAACAGACAGCAAACUGAACAUUAUAGCCAAAGGACCAAAUAUAAUCAUACAUGAACCAGAUGCUGUUUUGAAUACAAUGAACAGUUGGUGCAAGGAGCAUCAUGCAAAGUCCGGAUUGAUAGAAGCUGUGAAAAAAUCGACCUACACUCUGGGGGAGGCGGAACAGCAUGUUUUGGAUUUUGUUAAGCAGUACUGUCCCGAGCGAAGCUGUCCAAUGGCCGGAAACAGCAUUUACAUGGAUCGGAUAUUUGUGAUAAAACAUAUGCCAACGUUGAACGAAUACCUGCAUUACCGUGUGAUCGAUGUAAGCACAGUAAAGGAACUGAGCAAACGAUGGAAUGGUUAUGUGUAUAACUCAUCUCCACCGAAAAUUCUGGCUCACCGAGCUUUGGACGAUAUCGAGGAAAGCAUUAAAGAGAUGAAAUAUUACAAGGAUGUGUUUUUUAAAACUGACGAUAAUGCCAAUUGAUAACCAGAGAUGAUUUGAAAAAAUCGGUCACACGUGAAACGGAAGAACGUAGAAAUCGAGAGAUAAUGGGUGCUUUAAAAUCUGAAACCGAUUAACAACAACCACAAACGACAGCACAAAUAUACAAACCAGCAUGCCGGGAAUAAAUGCA